UAUCCAUGCAUAAUGCACAACGGUGCGCGUAGCAAACAAUACAGAGGUAGAACAUAGAAAUAGAGCAAUAAUUGCACCUUAAAAUCAGUAAAUUUGAACUUCGGAAAUAUCCUGGUUUUUUAUCAAAAGGAAUCGAUAUACCAAGAUGGCGGGAUGCCGAAAAUGUUCGUGCUCAGUCUCAGUCUCCGACUUCGGUCUUUCAACGACCUCGUACGAUGUUUUCACGACAACUCAGUGCGCCCUCCCUAGGGUGAUGCUCUUGAUAUACCGGUUACUGAUGACCGGAUACUUCCUAGCUUACCAACUCUACCUGUGGAUUGAUGUCAUUAGCAUCCAGGAUUACAUCUACAUGACAACAUUGUCCUACACCGUCUUCACUCUAUAUACCCUGAUUGCUCUGGUGAACCUUGUGGUUGAUAUGUGUCUCCAGAGGCAGUCCAGUUCGUCUCCUGCUUCUAACGUGCUUAAAGGACGUUACAUGAUUCAAUGGCUAUUUUACAACGUAACCGUCACAUGGACCUGUCUUGUCCUUGUUGUCUUCUGGGGAGCCCUCUACGACCCUGCCUAUCCAGACUGGUUAUUUGACAUCACAUGCCACGCCCUACCAGGGGUCUUCGGUGUCCUCGAGCUCACUUUCACAGCGACACCAUGCCGACUCGUCCACGUCAUAUACCCCGUCAUCCUCGGGAUCAGCUAUCUGACAUUCACCCUGAUCUACUGGGCGACUGGACAUCCCCCGAUAUACCCGAUCCUGGACUACAGUGGCAGCCCGAAAUUGUCGGCCGGAUCGGUCGUCAUUAUGGCCGUGUUCAUUUUCGUGUUUCAUCCAGUGGUGUGGGGGCUCACCAAGCUUAGAAAACGCGUGGCGAAAAGGCUCAACUGUUCUCAAGGUCUACAAGGCGAUCAACAUGAACUCAUGGAUAGAUCGAGCAAUGCACCUAGCUCCCUCAUCUUUUGACGAAUCGGGCUGAUACCAAUGCAUAAUAAUGGGCCCCAACCGAUUAGCACUACGCUUGUUUUUAGCGCACUCCCACUUCUACAAUUCUGCUAUAAAACCUUUGUGACUCUCCAUUUUUUCUACUCAACCCAAGGCAGCACUCCCAGAGGGGGGGGGGGGGGCAUAGUUCCCCUAAAUGUUCAAGUAUCUCAAAAGUGCCCCUUUCUAUAUUAGGAAAAGUAACCCUGUUUACUUUAGAAAAGUGCCCCUUUUUAUUUCUAAUAGGUGCCAGUUUCACCUUUUUUUUUUUUUUUAAUAAGUGCUCUUUACAGCCUCUGCCAAGUAUACCUUUUCCUAAAGUUUCUCUUUUUAUUUCUGAUGAGUGCCCCUUUUCACCUCUGAUAAGUGCCCCUCCCUUUUUUACAAGUGCCCUUUUUCCUUUCUAAUAAGUGCCCCUUUCCCUCUUUUAAAUGCCCCUUUUCCUUUAUGACAAGAACUCAUUCCCCUUAUCAUUAAUAAUGCACAUGAUCACACCUCCGAUAAUUAUUGUCCCAGGUAACAGGUGCCCCUUUUUCUUCGACAAGUGCCCAUUGUCCUUCGUAAUACGUGCCCCUCUUC